AUGCCCGAGUCCUCCUCUUCCUCGGCGCCAUCCGUUCCUCUUCCCCGACGCGGCAGCUCGGAACACGUCCCCGGAAACAAGCCACCCGUUUGGUCAAUCAACAACGCUGAAGGUCCUGAAGUCGCCCCUCUACCCGCGAAAUGCGACCGACACGAGCCGGUGCGGUCGGGAGUAUGCUGCAAAGAGCUGAAGGGAGACGACGAGCGCACACUCAUUGACCCAGAUGUUGUCCGCGAUGUCGUGAUCGGCCUCUCCGACGGCCUCACCGUCCCCUUCGCGCUCACCGCCGGCCUCUCCUCCCUCGGCGAGUCCAAGCUCGUCAUCCUCGGCGGCAUCGCCGAGCUCAUCGCCGCCGAGCGCGACCACUACCGCUACCUGAAGCGCGUCACCGCCGCGCGCGUCGUCCGCUCCUGCGACGGCGAGAUGGAGCGCGAGGUCCACGCCGUGCUCGGUCCUGUCGGCGUCGACGAGAAGAUCUCGCGCCAGUUCAGCACGCACGGCGCCGACGGCGCGCACGCGCACGCGGGCUCGAGCCCCGCGCACAAACCGCGCGCCAGCACCUCGUCCGACGUCACCCUCGCCGAGGACGGCGGCGCGCUGCGCUGGGCGGGCGACGUCGGGCUCACCGCCUUCCUCCUCAAGUUCGGCGAGGGCCUCGAGGACCCCGUCGCGCACAUCGCGCUCAUAUACUCUUCGGUCGUCACCGGUAUAAUCCUCCUCAUCUUCGGUGCCGUCAAGGCGCGCAUUACGGGUGCGGGUGCGGGCUUCGGGGAUUAUGUCUGGGGUGCGAUAUCGACCCUUUGUGUCGGCGGUGCAGCAGCAGCGGCAGCAUAUGCCAUCGUUGCAGCGUUGGAGGCGAAGGAGUAG